GCGGUCGAUGUGAUUUGGCCAAGUCUACUGACUGACAUCUUCAGGCCUGCAGGGUUCUGUUAUUACUAUUGUUUUCUGAUUUCAUUUUUCCUUCGAAGAUAGGGAUUUGUGUUGGUGAGUAUUAGAAAUACAGACCUAAGUCACGAUUAAAGCCCUGUCUUAUUUUGGCGGAAUGGAGCCAGCAGAGUAGUCUAUCCAGAUAGUAUGCCGAAAUCUUUGCAAAAAACACUUCGUCUAGACCAUGGCAACUUGGUGGAUUGAUAUCAGGUCGUAUAACUCUAUAGUCUUAUUUGUACAUAAGAACACCCCGAUACAUAAGGUGGAAUCCAAAUUCUUCAUUUUGUAUUCCAAUCCUCAUCAUCUGAGGAAGUCUAAAACGCCUUCUAGAUCUAGCUUCAAUAGAAAAUCCAUCGACAACGAAGAUCGGAAACGCAAACAUAGCAAAUCUAGUAGCGUCUCAUCUGGCAAUAGCAACAGCAAUAGCAACAGCAAUAGCAACAGCAAGGGCCAUGGCAAGAAGAAAGAACGUAGCAACCCUCCCAAAGAAGAUCGUGCAAGAGGUAGGGAAAGUUCCUCCUCGACAGAACGCUCGAACUCUCAAACUUCGACGAGAAACUCAGAUAGAUCUAAUUGGGCUGCAGGUGAAGAGCUUCCGACAAAUGCCUUGGAGGCGGAAGAUCUAAUCACCCAUCAGAACCAAGGUAAUCGCCAGCCAUUAAGUGAUAGUCCAUCGCCUCCACACACCCCGCCUAGACUAGACUUGAAAGAGAAAAGUUGCUAGACUCCUUCUCUUCUUUGAGUGGGACGCAAAGCCAGAAACUUGAAUCAAAUGUUAAUAGAUUAAGAAUGGGGAGAGUAUGGGUGAGCUCCCAGAAUUCAGCGCAAGCAGGAGAAGCUGCUCAACUCGAUCGCGAAAUCAAAGACGCUCGAGAAGCUCAAGAAGAAUUGACUCGAUCA